AUGGAGCUGGUAUCGACCAUUGUCAAAAAGAGAAGGUCGUUUCCAGGCCAAGAAGGAUGGGCUGGGUGCCAUUGGGCGGCUUACAGCCGAUUACACCAACUAAAGCUCCCAAACAGCACGACCAAGAGUCUGGAUAAGACUGGCGCAACUCCAACUUCAACCCGUCGAGCACUUGGAGGCGAAGGAAGCCCGUUCGAUGGGAAAGAUAUCAAAAGCCAAGCGCCCAGUGACGCCGUUCAAGCGCCAAGUGCCGCCAAGUGCCGAGAAGGUCAAACCAAGCCACGACCAACCAACGAGAUGAUGAAAGGAAAAGUGACGGUUGAAGGCAAAUUCAUCCAAGACUCUUGA